AAAGUACAGAUCAGCCAGUAUCAGAGGACGUGACUGAACCGUAUCUCCUGUAGUUAUGAAACACACACUGCUUUUCUGCGCUUUACACGUUAACCUAGAACAUUCAGGAAUGUAGAGCAGCGCGCUGGACUGCUGUAAUUCACUGUUUCCGUAACUAUAAACCUGCAGACUGAAUUACGUUACAGCUAAAGAGGACAGUAUUAAAGACCUGCACCUACACAUUAAACUGAUCCAACAUGGCAGACACCACACCUGCAGCCAGAACGGAGCAGCCAGGUGGAGCCAUUCACAACGACGUCAAGGAAUAUUAUGGGAAAAUCCUUCAGAAGACUUCAGAUCUGAAAAGCAAUGCCUGUGUGCCUUCUGCAAAGCCCAUCCCUGCCUACAUCCGAAAAGCUCUGGAGGAUGUUCACCCUGAUGUCACAGCGAAAUACUAUGGCUGUGGCCUGGUUGUGCCUGAGUGUGUGGAGGGCUGCAGGCUGCUGGAUCUGGGAUGUGGCAGCGGCAGGGACUGCUACAUGCUCAGCCGGCUGGUGGGGAGGAGCGGACACAUCACUGGAGUCGACAUGACAGAAGAUCAGCUGGAGACUGCACGGAAGUAUGUUGAAUAUCACAUGCAGAGGUUUGGGUACAAGAAGCCGAAUGUGAACUUUGUUCAGGGGUUCAUUGAGUCUUUGAGGGAAGCUGGAUUGGAAGAGAAGUCUUAUGAUAUUGUAAUCUCGAACUGCGUGGUGAAUCUUUCCCCAGACAAGGCGAGCGUUCUGAGAGAAGCCUACCAUGUACUGAAGGAUGGUGGAGAACUGUACUUCAGUGAUGUUUACAGCAAUGCCAGAAUUUCUGAAUCUCUGAGGGCCAAUAAAGUGCUGUGGGGUGAGUGUCUGAGUGGAGCGAUGUGGUGGGAGGACCUCGUGCGAUUGGCUGAAGAGGUCGGGUUCAGCACCCCUCGUCUCGUCACUGCCAGUGUUAUUUCUAUAGGCAAUGAAGAACUGGAGAGACUUCUGGGUGAAUACAGGUUUGUUUCUGCCACGUACCGCCUUUUCAAGCUACCUAAAUGUUCAGAGAAGAAGAGCUGUCUUGUUAUGUAUGACGGAAACAUCACAGGCUCUGAGGAGAAGUUUGAGUUUGAUGCUCAGUACACCUUUAAGGUGAAUGAGGUGAUUGAGGUGGAUGGUGACGUGGCAAACACCCUGAAGAACUCCAGGUUUUCUGAAGAGUUUACAUUCCACAGUCAGACAUCAGGAGCAUGUGCCACCAAACCCAAGGUCAUGCCUGUAGAUCCCUUUCAACUGACUGAGCUGUUAGGAAGUGCUGGUGUGGUUCCCUCCAGUGGAGGGUGCUGUGGUGCCCAGGAAUCGUGCUGCAAAUGAAAGUACACGGAAAAUGUGAUUUAAGGUGUUUUCACAUAUAGUUCUUUUUAAUUUUACCUGAAAUUAGUGCUGCUACAGUGAACCAGAAAGAGAACAAGCUGCCUAUCAACCAUUACCCAUCUCUUCAGCUCCAAGACACUUUGGAGUUUUAUAAUUGUCCUCUAUAUAUACUUUAUUAUUAUCCUCUUUUCUCCCUGUUCUCCAAUUAUUAAGAGAGAAGACCACCACAGAGCUGCUAUUAUUUGGCAGGAAUUAUUUGGGUAGCACUUGCAUUGAGUAACUGUGUGUUAGUGUAUUUGCUGCUGAUAUGAGUAGAUCAGGCACAGCAGUGCUGCUGGAGUUUUUAAACGCUGUGUCCACUCACUGUCUCUCACACUCUAGUACACACUCCUAUCUAGCUGAUCCAACAUGUAGAUGUAAAGUCACAGAACAAAGCUCAUCUGUUUCUCAAUUUUUUUUACAAUGUCCAUGUACACAACAAGCCAGAUGAGUUUGAUUGACAUGUUCAAAUACAGUGAUAUGAACAAGUUUGGGCACCCCUGAUAAUUUUCAUGAUUUUUCUUUAUAAGUCAUUAGUUUUUCGGAUCAGCAGUUUCAGUUAAAAAUAUCUUAUAGCAGACGAACACAGUGAUAUGGGAUUUACACAAAGUGUGCAAUUAUUCUUUAAACUAAAUUAGGCAGAUUUAAUAUUUUGGGCACCCUUGUCGUUUUAUUGAUUUUUAAUACAUUUAGCACUAAUUCUUGGAACAAAAAAUUUAGUUUAGUAAGCUCAUUGUCCCUUAACAUUCCAGGUGAAUCCAAUUAUGAGAAAGGGUUAAGGUGGACAAUUGAAAGUUUUUCUUCUCUUUGUAUUUCCUCUGAAGAGAGUGGCAACAUGGGAGCCUCAAAACACAACUCUCAAAUGACCUGAAAACAAAGAUUGUUCAACAUCAUGGUUUAGAGGAAGGAUACAAAAAGCUCAAAUGUCAGAGAUUUCAAAUGCCAGUUUCCACUGUCAGGAACAUAGUGAGGAAACGGAAGGCACAGUUCUAGUUAAGGCCUGAAGUGGCAGAACAAGAACAAUCUCAGAUAAGCAGAGGAGAAGGAUGGUGAGAACAGUCAUAGUAAACCUACAGACAUCCAGAGCUCCAAAGACCUACAUCAUCAUCUUGCUGCAGAUGGGUCACUGUGCAUCGUUCAUCUAUUCAGAGCACGUUGCACAAGGAGAGGCUGUAUGGGAGAGUAAUUAAUGUAGAAGAAGCCAUUUCUGAGCACACGCCACAAACAGAGUCGCUUGAGGUAUGCUAAAGCAAAAGCACAUUUAGACAAGCCAGCUUAAUUUCGAAAUAAGGUGCUGUGGACUGAUGAAACUAAAAUUGAGUUAUUUGAGGGCUGUUAUUUAUGCAUAAAGGGAAAAAGGACACAGCAUUCUAAGAUAAACACUUUACUUCUCCCCAGAUUAAAUUUUGGUGGUGGGUUCAUCAUGCUGUGGGGCUGUGUGUUCAGUGCAGGUACUGGGAAUCUUGUUAAAGUUGAGGGUCUCAUGGAUUUCAGUCAAUAUCAGCAGAUUCUUGAGAACAUUGUUUAAGAAUCAGUGAGAAAGUUGAAGUUAAAUCGCCGGGGCUGGAUACUUCAACAAGACAAUGACCCUAAACAAUAAACUGCUUAAAAUCUACUAAAGCAUUCAUGCAGAGAAACAAGUACAAAAUUUGAUUGGAAUGAUCAUCUCAGUCCUCAGAGCUGAAUAUUAUUGAAAAUCUGUGGUGUGAUUUAAAGUGCACUUUAAAACUUUCAAACCUGACUGAACUUGAGUUUUUUUGUAAAAAAAGAGGCUGUUUAGAGGCUGUUAUUUCUGCAAAAGGAGGCUCUACUAAAUAAUAAUGUAUUUAUUUCUGUUGAGGUGCCCAAAUUUAUGCACCUGCCUAAUUUUGUUUAAAGAAUUAUUGCACACUUUCUGUAAAUCCUAUAAACUUCAUUUCACUUCUCAAAUAUUACUCUGUUCGUCUGAUAUAUGAUGCAUUUAACUGAAAUUGCUGAUUCAAACAACUAAUGAUUUAUAUAGGAAAAUCGUGAAAAUGAUCUGGGGUACCCAGAUCAUGCAAAAGAAACCAUGACUUAAUUGCCUUAGGAAUCCACUUGCGAUGCUUAAGUGGUUUAAGUGUGAAACGGUCCUUGAUAACAACAAUAAAUUGAGUGAUUUUAAAAUGGUUGUAUUACUACAUAACAUGGAAUUAAUUUUAUUUGUUUAAUUUACAGUGUUUAAUAUGGAAUAUGAAUGAAAUAAUGCACUACUAAUGAAAUUGAUUUAUAUAUAUAUAUAUUUUUUUACUAACAAGAUGAUCAAUUUUAUGACUGAUUUAUAAAAUCAUAUAAAUAGUAAACAUUGAAAUUACAAACAAAAUCACACAAAAAUCCAUCCUUUUUUUUCUUCCCCUAUUUUAUGCCCAUUAUUUUGCUUAUAUUAUUAUCUCUCUGAUAUAUGCACAAUGACCACAAAAGCUAUAACUCUGUAUUAACACUAAUAAAACUUAAUUGGCCCUCCGAAGAGGGGGGUAUGUAGAACC